AAAAGAUCAAUGGUGCCUCUAUGGUGCCUGAAUAUGUCAGACAUUCAGUUUAUAAUAUAAAAUUAUUUAUUUAUAUUUGCACAUUGAGACAUUUGAAAUGGAUACGAAUGAAAUUAUUUCGACCAAAACGGAUGUUAUUCCGAAUGAAGAUGGACAGUCGCUAAAUAGCGCUUGUGGCAAUAUCUUUGAAAUGCAUGAUUCUAAAUUAUUUUGCAAAGUAUGCUUCAGUAAUCUUUCUGAACCUGAUACUGAGAAGCACUUGGCAAAUAAACGCCACAAACAAGAACUGCGAAAGCUUUGUAUACUUCGUAAUGAUUGGAAAUACUAUAAGUCCAACUUGAACGUUCCAACAGAUCCCGUAUUCACAAAUUCGCAUAUUCAGAGGACUAUGGAAGUGACUACUGAUCCAAUGAUUGGCCUGGAGUAUUUAAUUGAAUUUCCAUUAUUUUCUUCUGGGUUUGAGUAUAUAUGUUUAUUAUGUUACAAAAAAGGCGUAGAAGACGCUAUUAUUAAUCAUCUAAAAUGUGACAAUCAUAAAAAAAGAUAUUUGAUGUUACAUUUUCCUAAUACAUACAAAAAGAUAGUACGAUUCGAGAAAUGUAAUAAUGUACGAAUGAGAACUACUUUUAAGGAGGCUUUGAAUGAUUUAGCCUCAGCUAUUGAAAAACGUUAUGGACGUUUGAAACCACGACAAGUAGAAACCCAAAAAUACAGAUCCCAUUUAAUAUACUACCUUGACCUAGUCAGAAAGGGACCUCAUCUCGUUGAAACAAAUGACUUUUCAAUAGAUGAUGUAAUAAAAAAACAAGAAAACUUAUUGAAAGCUUACAUUCAAGAUGCAAUGGCUAAUGGUGGUAUACCAACACGCUUAUCUGAACAUGCAAGAAAAAGACUUCUCAGAGAACAUAAUAGUUUAGUUUUAAUUGAAGAGAUUAAAGCUUGUAACAUUACCAAAGAAAGUCAGAAGAGAGGUGAACCUCAGUUACCAAGGACUUUUGGAAAUCCUGAAAAAUCUGAUAAAGUUUUUGGUAGCAGCUCUAAUAAUAACAGCUCAAAACCUCAGUUAUCGAGGACUUUUGGAAAUCCUGAAAAUUCUAAUAAAGUUUAUGGUAGCAGAGAUGGUCAAUACUCGAUUGCGGAAAAAGCAGAAAAUCUGGGAAAGUAUAGCAGGUUAUCCAAAAUAAUCGAUAAGAAAAUGGAAAAUGAAUUCCUCAAAUACAAGAAUCAACCAGAGAGUCAUCCAGUGUACGAUCAGGAAUGGGAAAGGUUCUGGAAAAAGAGGUAUGCAGAUCUCAAACUGGAAGGCAAAGACCCCUCGCAAUACGACUUCACUCCAGAAUGGAAAGUGUAUUGGGAUAAACGUUUCCUGGAACUCCACGAGGCGAAAAUCGAGUCGAAGAAAAACGUAUGGAGAGAAAAAUUCGGACUGGGACAUGUUAAGCCUGUUAAGAUCGGCAGUUCUCGAGAGGUUGUAUUGAUCGAUGAUGACGUCCCCGAAUCACCGGUGAAAAAUAGUCCUUCACAUCCAAAAAAUCUUCUCUCUAAGGAUAAAGAUGUGCUCUCUAGUCGAAGAGAUUCUCCAUCUCGUCGAAGGGAUUCCCCCACUCGUCGAAGAGAUUCCCCCUCUCGUCGAAGAGAUUCCCCCUCUCGUCGAAGAGAUUCCCCCACUCGUCGAAGAGAUUCCCCCACUCGUCGAAGAGAUUCCCCCUCCCGCCGAAGAUAUUCCCCCUCCCGUCGAAGAGAUUCUCCCUCCCGUCGACGAUAUUCCCCUUCGAAUCGAAGAUAUUCCCCUUCUCGCCGAAGAGAUUCCCGCUCUCCUUUGCAUCGUAGAGACAGAGAUUCAAAAUCUCCUGUACGAGGUGAAUCGAGAAGGAAAAGGUCUCGAUCCAGGGACAAUUCAAGUGAGGUUAAUUCGAAGAGAUUUAGAGAAAACAAGGAUGCUGAAGUUGAAGAAGUCAAUUUUAUUGCUGUUUUGAGACUUUUGACAGCAGUGGAAGAACAUUUGGGUUCUUUGGGUCCGAAGGUGAUAGAUUUGUUGUCUCAGGGCCUGGUCUUGGAGGGUAACGAGGUUAAUAGUUCGGGAAAACUGUUGGACAUUGACGACAAUCUGGUACUUUUGGAAACGACAAAGGAAAAGCUUAAGGGUCAAAUUCAAGCAGGCUUGGUGAAAAAAAAUCAGCAGAACGUUUUCAUGAAUAUCAUCAGGAAAGUCGAGAAUCUCAUUCAAGUAUCCAAGCAAAAGAAGAAGCAGUCCGGAGCCGAUCCAAAAAAGAAAUUGCUGGUUGUACCUGGUGUCGGUUUAGUAGAUAAAGAGAAAAUUUCGCAAGAAAUAGUAGAAACUCUGGUAUCUCAAGGCAAAAAGGAUAUCACGCAGGAGGAAUUGGAUCAAAUGAUACAAGUUUUCGCUAGAAAAAAGCACAAGGAACAAAUGACGGAAGAUUCGAAAGCUACAUCGACAAAAUCUGAACUUAACCAAACAGUUGCUUAUAACCAUUUGACAACACCAGGCUUGAUGAACAAGAGCAAAAAUGUCCAUGAUGCGAUAGUUAUCAAUUCCGACGACGACUAUUCUUUUAAAGAUAUGGUCCAGAAUAUUUGUCAGAAAGUUUCCGACAAACAGAAGAAUUCGGAAAUGGACAAAAAUACGAAAAAUAAGAAUCAGAACAAAUCCUUUGCAGAAACUGGUAACACAGAUAACAGAAAUUAUAACGCUAACGCAAAAAUCAAUAUUAUAACUGGUAUCCCUGUCAGUACCAUCACAAUAAACGAGUUCAAUUCAAGAAAUGCAUUCGACAAAGAUUAUGAGAUGACUAGGGGGCAUUGGACAGAAAAUGGAGGUGGAACGAAUGUGCAGAAAAAUACUUUGAACAUUUCAUCACCCCCGAAAUCCCUGAUGAAUUUUAGCUCCAGCUACCAGUAUAAUACUGAUACAACUUCAAACAAAGCGCCAGCCAGAGGUCCUAGUGGGACGCUACCCAACAAUCCAUUCGGUUUAUCAAGCAAUUUCACUAAGCCUAACCCUAGCUUUUCAUCCUCCCUGGUAGGAGGAACCACUUAUAAGGGCGUGUCUUAUCCGUUUUUGUCCAAUAGGCUUUCAACUUUGACAGAACCUGACAGAAACAAUUCUGGAGGGUGGGGAGGACCCAGAAACUUUGAAUCACAGAUGGGCAGCUUGAGGGGAGAAACGAAUGAAGUUAGGGGCAGGAUUGGUAAUCCUAAAAGUGAUAAUUCAGGACAAUAUGGAUUUAAACAAAGAGAACUUAAUUCGACUUCAACUAGGGAUGUUCCAAACUUCGAAAGACCACAUGGUUAUGUUAAAACUAAGGGAUCAAGAUUUGAUGGGAGGAAAUAGUUCCUGUGUAAAGAUAUACAAAUUGUCGACAUUCACGAUUGUUUUUUUUCGGAAUGCUUAUAGAGUUCUCAUUUUUUUUCUCGAUUAAAUGUGGAAUUAUUAUUAUCCUGCUUCAGGUUUUUAGAGUAAAUAGGUAAAUGUAGAUUGUAUUCUUCACAGUAGAAUUUGUUUUUUGAUAUUUCAAAAUUACAUUCCGCAGAGAAUAUCUGCAUAUAUUUUUUAGUGAUUUACUGGAUACUAGAAUAUAAUUUUCAUAUUCCUUUGCAGAGAAACCGUCGCAGUAUUUCAAAAUGAACUUUUGCACCUCGAAAACAAAAUAAUGAAGUUUGAGUUUUAAUUACGUGAGGAUUAAAGUAAUGAACGAAGUUCUAAUUAAAAAUUAUAAUAAAUAUAUUAUUAUAUUGUGUCUUUGGGGUUUAUAGAAUUGUAUAGAAUGUUGAGUUGAUUUAGUUAAUAUCACGUGUUGUUAUGUAUAUAUAGUAUUGCCAUCAUGAUUGAAUAUUCACCUUUAUGUAUAAUCAAAUAUAUACAAAAUAUAAUUGUUUCGUGUU